GAGCCAAUAAAAAGCGUGUUCUGUUGCAAUUACCGUAUUUGUUUCUCCUUGGCCUGCAGUCUCAACGACAUUGCGCAGCACCCAAGUUACUUCUAGAACCUCCGUCUUCCACGAAUUACACCCCCAAACCACUUGCACAUCAAUCUUCAUCCUCUUCCUUCCAUUCCUCAAGAACCCUAAUCCCAAUCAGCCAUGCAGCAAGGAGACUACACCUCCGCUCCAUCUCCAUAUUAUCAAUUCCCUCAUCUCCAAAACCCCAAUCCCAAUCCCGAUCCACACCCAAACAACCCCUACGCUUCUGCACCUCCCUUCACCCCCAAUUACGCUCCUUCCGAUUACACCCCUUACCCUUCUUCCUACCCUCAAAAUCCCGAUCCUAUUCCACCCACUGCUCCUUCCUUCCCUCCCUCUUCCUCCAACCCUAAUUUACCCCCUCCUUUCAAUCCUCCCUUCGAUUCUAACCCUCCCUACCAACAACCGCAACCACAACAACCCUAUUUCCCACCCUAUGAUCACCAUCAAACGCCUCCCAAUUACGCCCCUCCCAACACCAAUUCCACUCCCUCAGUAUACAACUCUGCUCCCUACAGCUACACUGGAGUCUCCUCCGUUCCUCCGAUUCCGACGUACGAACCUGCAUACGACGCUCCGGUGAGGCCCGAUCAUGGUGGAGGCUAUUUUGACGACAGAUACUGCUCUGGAUUUACUCGGAGCCAUUCCGAUUUGGGAUCGGAUUUUUACGGGAAGAGCGUUGGUGGUGCUUCGAGAUAUGACGGUGUCGCUGAUGAUGGAUACGGAGAUGGGGUGUAUGCUUAUGAAGGGGGCAAGGUGGAACCCUAUGGGGCGCGUGGCACGGCGCCAAAAUCGUCGACUUGGGCGGCGUUUGAUGAUUACGGGAGGUCCAUCAGUUUCCCCUCGCAGAAGGAAUCUUCUGUGGGGGGUAAGAUUGUGAAAGCGGUGCCCAAGGCUGAUACACAAGAAGACGUCAAAGGUGGUGGCGUGCAAAAGUUUCGUGUCAAGCUGUUGGCAGAAAGUGGGGGUCAGAGCACCAUGGAUGUUCUCUGUCAGAUUGGUUUGGAUGGAAUUCGCAUGCUGGAUCCAAAUACCAGCCGGACAUUGAGAAUUUAUCCUCUUGAGAACAUAACAAGAUGUGAUAGAAUCGAUUCAUCUACCUUUGCAUUUUGGUCAAAGAGCCCUGUUGACAUUGAGCCAAGACGGAUCAGAUUGCAAUCUAAUAGUUACACUACUAACACACUUUUGGAUAUAGUGACUGCUGCAACCAUACAGUUCAAGGAAAUGGGUGGAAGCAGGUGGCCUGCUGAAGCAGUGAAACCAAAUGAACAGCCUACAGAAAGAAAGAAAGGUUUUGGUGAUUGGAUGAAUCUUAUUAAACCUGCCAAUGAAGAGAAGGAUCAUUGGGUACCAGAUGAAGCCGUCUCAAAAUGUACAGCAUGUGGUACUGAUUUUGGGGCUUUUGUUCGCAGGCAUCACUGUAGGAACUGUGGUGAUAUUUUCUGUGACAAAUGUACAUAUGGUAGAAUUGCUCUGACUGCUGAUGAGAAUGCUCAGCCUGUACGAGUUUGUGACCGGUGCAUGGCGGAAGUGUCUCAGCGGCUGACUAGUGCAAAAGAGUCAUCAAGUAAACCUGCAUUGCAGAGUCAUGAGGAUCUUGCAAGGAAACUUCAGGAGGAGCUGGAGAGAAAUCGAAAGACAUCAGGUUCCAAGUCUGAUGGAUCUGCAAGACGGAUGAAGGAAGUUGCAUGUCCCAUUUGCACUGUCCAUCUGCAGGUUCAGGUGCCUAGCUCGGGUUCAGAGACAAUUGAGUGUGGAGUUUGCCAGCACCCAUUUCUUGUGAGCGCUCAUUGAGUUCAGAUAAACAUGAAUACGGAAGCGGUGUCUACGUGUUUCAUAAGUUUAAAAUGCAUUUGUUUUACUGAUCUAUCUCUUGCGCAUUCAUUAUCAAUGAUUGGGAUUUGCCUUCCUUUUACCAUUAUCUUUGGGCUUGUUUCAUGUCCUAGUUUUACCUUGCAUGCGUCUUUUUAUUAUUUUCUUCUUUUUCUGAUUAAAGCUUGGUGUGCUUUGUUAGUUGUUCACGUUUCACUUAAAUUCGUUUGUCCGCUUGUAUAAAAUAGACGCUGAACACACAUAUAUAUACAUGUAUAGCUAUGGUGAAUUCGUUCUGGUAUAAGACGAUUCGAUAGUUCAGCUUUGAGUA